CCCCCCCCCCAAUCUUUUAAAUGAAAAACCCUGUAGUAGCCAGAGGCAGACCUUAACUGGCAGUGUUGUAAGCGGUACCCCCUCCACUUAGCUAUUUUGUUACUUAUAGAUCAUGGUCUAAUUAUUUACCGUUAAAGGGACACUCAUUCUGUGGGGUGUGUAAUUGUAUUUAUAGUACGUUUUAUUAGUUUGCAUUCCAUCAUGGUAGUGUGGUGAUAUCAUAAGUAACAGGGGAGAAUAACAUACGAUUGCUCGUGAAAGAGUUUUCCUGCAGCCACGGCAUUUUUACUUGUCAUUAUUUGGUUCGGUGGGAAAGGUGCUGGGGAGGUGGGGGGGAUACUGUGUGUGCUUCUGUGUUGGAUGCCAGGUCUCUCUCUCUCUCUCGCAUUGAUUAGACAGAGUCCCGGUGCCCUGCUUGUUUCGGAAAGAACUGUCCGGUGAGCGCCGUGCGGUUAGAUUUAUAGCAGCAUGGCUCAGAGUGUGUUUGCUGCCUUAGUCAGCUGUGAGAGCUCCCUGCUGGGGCCACUCCUGUCUGAUGGAAAAGCAGCAGCUGGGAAGGUGCUGUUUCAGGCUCUUGCUGUUUAAAAAAAAAAAAAAAAAAAAAAAGCGAGAGGGGGGAAAACUCCACUAAGUCCACAAGCUGGCAUUGGAGGGGGAGACCGCGGUCAUGUGGUUCUGGCCAUCCUACCCUCUGUCACAGUGUGGAUGAGAGCUUUUUGCUCUUAUCCAAUCAUGCCUGGAAUGCCGCUUGCCACUUGGGUUAUUUCUGCUAUCUGUCGCUCUUGGUGCCGCAGUGCUAACGGUUUGGCAGAUGGGACACUUUUUCUUGGAGUUUGUGUCUUUGGUUUUUGACUUCUGGCAGUGCCGGGCUUGUUGUUGCCGCUCGCCCUCUCCCUCCCUGGCCCUCUGGGCACCAUGGCCCAUCGGCUUCGGUUUCAUUUUGGCUCGGGUCGCAGCAACACAGCCCCCGAAUCAGAGAUCCUAGACCAGGAGAGAGAAGACGACUUUUUCAUGGCAUUCCACACGCUCCCGCGGCGGAGCGGCCCUCACCCCUUCACCCCGAAUGGAGCGGAGGAUGGCACCGGCGGCCUGCAGGCAGGCGUGGGCGCGCUCAAGCGCAGCACGUCCAUGUUCAUCCCCCAGCUCCUGAGCCCCGUCGACGCGCGGCCCACUCGGAGCUCGUCCGUGCAGAUCUCGCUGCAGCGCAAGGCGGCCGACGGGGCCCCCGACGGGUGCGGGCCGCCCGAGGGCCUGGACGGCGACGCGGGCUUGGCACCUCGGGGCGGCUGCCCGGAGCCCGAGAGUCCCGAGAAUUCCCCUCCCAGGGCGGCCAGGGCUCCGGGCCCGCAGGUCAACGGCAUGUGCGGCCGCCGAGGACCCGGCCCGGUGGCCCCCGACGGCCGCGAGGAGGCCGAGCCCUCGGCCGUCGGGGGGCUGGAGGGCGGUGGCGGCGGGCUCCGCAUCCAGCACCGCGCCUCCAGCGCCGACGUUCGCCAGGUGAGGCUGACGCCCUUCGGGGCCGACGGCCAGAGCGGCCCAUCGGCGCCGGAGCCCAGGCGCUGGUCCCUGCAGCACGUUCCAGAUGCUUCUGGAAGCGCCGGGAAGCGGUGCUUUGUCUUCCAGUUGCAGCAGCCGCAAGCCGGCGUGCCGGGGCUGGGCGGUGACUUCAACUUCGGGUUCACUGGCACCAAGGGGGACAGGUUGGUGAGGUAUCCCCGCAUCCGGCUGGAGAGGAGCACCUCGUACCCCACGCAGCCCCGGGCCGAGCGCGGGAGCCCCACGGAAGAGCGCGGCCACCCGGAGACGCCACCUCGGGGCCGCAGGGUGGCUCCCGAAAUCCACAGGACCAACUCCGCGGAAAGGACGCCGCCGGGUCAGGGCUGCACGUUUAAGAUCAGGCAGGAUCAAAAUGCGGGGCAGCAGCAUUUCAGAAUUCUUGUGACUCGGGGGCCGGAGGAGGCUCCCCAGACCCCCGAGGAGAGUAACGCCGCCGGCCCUGGUUCCACGGGCGCCGGCGCCCCGACUCGAGACGACUUCCUGGGACAGGUGGACAUACCCCUUAGUCAUCUCCCGACAGAAGAUCCAACCAUGGAACGACCCUAUACAUUUAAGGAUUUUCUCCUCAGACCAAGAAGUCAUAAAUCUCGAGUUAAGGGAUUUUUGCGAUUGAAAAUGGCCUAUAUGCCCAAAAACGGAGGUCAAGAUGAAGAAAACAGUGAGCAGAGGGACGAGAUGGAGCCGGGGUGGGAAGUCGUGGACUCGAAUGACGCGGCUUCUCAGCACCAGGAGGAGCUUCCCCCGCCUCCUCUGCCCCCCGGGUGGGAAGAAAAAGUGGACAACUUGGGUCGUACUUAUUACGUCAACCACAACAACCGGACCACCCAGUGGCACCGACCCAGCCUGAUGGAUGUGUCCUCUGAGUCCGACAGCAAUAUCCGACAGAUCAACCAGGAGGCAGCGCAUCGCCGCUUCCGCUCGCGCAGGCACAUCAGCGAGGACCUGGAGCCAGAGCCCAGCGAGGGUGGAGACGGCCCCGAGCCUUGGGAGACCAUCUCGGAAGAAGUGAGUAUCGGUGGAGACUCCCUGAGCCUGGCGCUGCCCCCGCCGCCAGCCUCGCCCGUGUCUCGGACCAGCCCCCAGGAGCUGUCUGAGGAACUGAGCAGACGGCUUCAGGUCACUCCGGACUCCAAUGGGGAGCAGUUUGGUUCUUUGAUUCAGAGGGAGCCGUCCUCGAGGUUGAGGUCCUGCAGUGUCACCGAUGCGGUCGCAGAGCAGGCUCAUCUACCACCGCCCAGUGCCCCAGCUGGGAGAGCACGUUCAUCAACUGUCACGGGUGGUGAGGCACCAACGCCAUCAGUGGCCUAUGUACAUACCACGCCGGGCCUCCCUUCAGGCUGGGAAGAGAGAAAAGAUGCUAAGGGACGCACAUACUAUGUCAAUCAUAACAAUCGAACCACAACUUGGACUCGACCUAUCAUGCAGCUCGCAGAAGACGGUGCGUCCGGAUCCGCCACAAACAGUAACAACCACCUAAUCGAGCCUCAGAUCCGCCGCCCUCGUAGCCUCAGUUCGCCAACAGUAACUUUAUCUGCCCCACUGGAGGGUGCCAAGGACUCACCCGUACGUCGGGCUGUGAAAGAUACCCUUUCCAAUCCACAGUCCCCACAGCCGUCACCUUACAGCUCCCCCAAACCACAGCACAAAGCCACACAGAGCUUCCUGCCGCCCGGCUGGGAAAUGAGGAUAGCGCCCAACGGCCGGCCCUUCUUCAUUGACCAUAACACAAAGACUACAACAUGGGAAGAUCCACGCCUGAAAUUCCCAGUACAUAUGCGGUCAAAGGCAUCUUUAAACCCCAAUGACCUUGGCCCUCUUCCUCCUGGCUGGGAGGAAAGAAUUCACUUGGAUGGCCGAACGUUUUACAUUGAUCACAAUAGCAAAAUUACUCAGUGGGAAGACCCAAGACUGCAGAAUCCAGCUAUUACUGGUCCGGCUGUUCCUUACUCCAGAGAAUUUAAGCAGAAAUAUGACUACUUUAGGAAGAAAUUAAAGAAACCUGCUGAUAUUCCAAAUAGGUUUGAAAUGAAACUUCACAGAAAUAACAUAUUUGAAGAGUCCUAUCGGAGAAUCAUGUCUGUGAAAAGACCAGAUGUCCUGAAAGCUAGGCUAUGGAUUGAAUUUGAAUCAGAAAAAGGUCUGGACUACGGGGGUGUGGCCAGAGAAUGGUUCUUCUUACUGUCUAAAGAGAUGUUCAACCCCUACUAUGGUCUCUUCGAGUACUCUGCAACGGACAACUACACACUUCAGAUCAAUCCCAAUUCAGGCCUCUGUAAUGAAGACCAUUUGUCCUAUUUCACUUUUAUUGGAAGAGUUGCUGGUCUGGCAGUAUUUCAUGGGAAACUUUUAGAUGGUUUCUUCAUUCGACCGUUUUACAAAAUGAUGCUGGGAAAGCAGAUAACUCUGAAUGACAUGGAGUCUGUGGAUAGUGAAUAUUACAACUCUUUGAAAUGGAUCUUAGAAAAUGAUCCGACUGAGCUGGACCUUAUGUUCUGCAUCGAUGAAGAAAACUUUGGGCAGACAUACCAAGUGGAUCUGAAGCCCAAUGGGUCAGAAAUAAUGGUAACAAACGAAAACAAAAGGGAAUACAUUGACUUAGUCAUCCAGUGGAGAUUUGUGAACAGGGUCCAGAAGCAAAUGAACGCCUUCUUGGAGGGAUUCACGGAACUGCUUCCUAUUGACUUGAUUAAAAUUUUUGAUGAAAAUGAACUGGAGCUGCUGAUGUGCGGCCUUGGCGACGUGGACGUGAAUGACUGGCGACAGCAUUCUAUUUACAAGAACGGCUACUGCCCGAACCACCCUGUGAUCCAGUGGUUCUGGAAGGCUGUGCUGCUGAUGGAUGCUGAGAAGCGUAUCCGGUUACUACAGUUUGUCACAGGGACGUCCCGCGUACCUAUGAAUGGAUUUGCCGAACUUUAUGGUUCCAAUGGUCCUCAGCUGUUUACAAUAGAGCAAUGGGGAAGUCCUGAAAAACUGCCCAGAGCUCACACAUGCUUUAAUCGCCUUGACUUACCUCCGUAUGAAACCUUUGAAGAUUUACGAGAGAAGCUUCUCAUGGCUGUGGAAAAUGCCCAAGGAUUCGAGGGGGUGGAUUAAGCACCCCCUGCCUCCAGGUGGUUGCUCUUCAAGCAAGUCCUGCUUGCACUUUUGCAUUUGCCUAACAGACUCUGCAGAGACGCUGGGCCGGCGUGGCGCGGCGCAGGCUCCUGGAGCAGAGCCUCUGCCAUGACUUGCCCCCGUGCUGACAUGGGAACCCAGUCCCAGGUCGCGUUCCUGCAUUUUCCACCACAAAUUACCAACUGGUUGAUGUGUAUACUAAUUACAUUUCAGGAGGACUUAUCUAUUUAUGUUGUGCCUCUGUAGGCCAAGCCCUUAAUAAAUAUUUUACAUACUUUAUAAUGACAGCGAAUGGAAUUAAUCACUCUACAGGUAUAGUAUUACAAUUCAUGUUUACUUUUUAAAAUCAUUUAGACCGAUUUGCAGAUUUUAUUUCACUACAAUUAAAGACGUCUCAUGUACUUGGAAAAGUGA